AUGUGUGAAAAGAACGCGGGGCGAGAGAAGCCAAGUGACAGCAACGCCUACCGUGCGACGAUACGAUCUCUACGAUGCAGCUCCGCUGAAGCUCACCAAGUUGGGAUUAAUGAAAUAUGCGAGGACGUGCUCCUCGGACAGCUCAGGCAACUCGUGGAGUGGAUGCGGAAUGCAAUGAUGUCGGAACAUAGGCGAUGUCGCGCGUUAAAACACUUAGAUUUUGAAUGGGCGGUAGAAUUAAAUCGCUAUAGCCUGGAAUUUAUCGGACUUUGGCCAAAAAUGAAAGAAACGAUGCAAGAAAAAUUAAUGUCUAACAUACGAGUAUUACUGUUAAUAAUUAUGGUAACUUUUUUUGGUGUGAUUCCCUGCAUACACUCUUUGAUAAGAGUUUGGGGCGAUUUGAUGUCAAUGACAGACAAUUUACAAUUCACUUUACCUUUAGUGUCGAUGAUAAUGAAGCUCAUCGUCAUGUGGAGCAAAAAAGCUGCUCUUGCGCCACUCUUGUAUAUGAUUGCUAAAGAUUGGCUAAAAUUGAAAUCUGACGAAGAACGGAAGAUCAUGAUAAAAUGCGCACGGAUCCCUCGCAUGAUCAUAAUCUGCGGAUUUGUCAUAAUGUUUGCGUCAUUUAUUUUGUUAUUUAUUCUUCCGUGCUUCGGGAUUACCAUGCGAUACAUAACAAAUGUGACCGAUCCGGGCAAACCAUUGCCCCUGCAGACAUAUUACUUCUAUGACACAGAUACAAGUCCAUACUUCGAACUUACAUUCGUCGCCCAAGGUGUUACUCUCAUGGUGUCUGCCAUGAGUUAUACGGCGAUUGACAGUCUCUUUGGACUGUUGAUUUUUCAUGUCUGCGGUCAAUUGAAGAAUCUUAAGGGCCGUUUAAUGAUAGGUUCUGAAAAACAAUUAAAUUUUGAUUAUAUUUUAGCAGAUGCCAUAAUGGAUCAUGUACGCCUUAUCAGGUUUCGAAUACCUUAUUUUAUAAAAAAAAAUUUGUCAGAUUUCAUGUGGGCAAUUGAACUUCAUCGCUUAGGGUUAGAAAUAAUUGGAUUGUGGUCUAACAGUGAAAAAUUUAAGAAAAGUUUGUGGCCAAAAAUUCGGAUCGGCGUUAUUUUAAUUUUAUUAAUAUUUAUUUCUAUUCCGACGAUAUGUGCAAUUAUACGUGUUUGGGGCGAUAUGAUACUUCUAAUAGACAAUUUACAGAUUACAAUACCUAUACUGAUAGUAUCUGUGAAAUAUGUUAUCUUGCGAUGGAAACAAACAGUUCUCUGGUCAAUUAUGAAUAUGAUAGCGGAAGACUGGAUGGCAUUUAAACUGGAUGGAGAAAGAAAUGUGAUGAUAAAACGAGCACAAAUAGCGCGUUUUAUUAUGAUAAUUGGAUAUGUUCUCGCGAUAAUAGGGUUUCUCUCAGUAAUUAUCCCUCCUUAUUUUGGCAUUCAAAUAAUGUACGAUACAAAUUUUUCGAAUCGGAGCAAAUUGUUACCGCUGGAGACGUUUCAUUUCUACGAUACAGAUAAGAGUCCGCAAUAUGAAUUGACAUUUUUUGUUCAUAUCAUAACAACCUUAUUAGCAGCUAUUAUUUAUAUGUCUGUAGAUAUGCUUUUGAUACUAAUAAUUCUUCACAUUUGCGGUCAGUUAGAAAACUUCAAAUAUCGAUUACUUAGUUUGGUUUCGUGCAAAAAUUUCAACAAAGUUCUAAAUAAUAUUAUAGCGACUCAUCUACGACUUAUCAGAUUCGCCGAAAAAAUUGAAAAUAUAUAUUCUUUAAUGAUGCUAAUAAUGGUAUUUUAUUUUGGUAUUGUAUUUUGCCUAAGUGGUUUUAUAUUUACUGUCUUUCUUACUGAUAAAAAAAUGGAUGAUAUUAUUGUCAUAAAAGUUUACUAUUCAACAAUUCUUGUUAUUGCUUUAUUGAUGAAUACUUUUCUGUAUUGUGGUGCAGGAGAGCUUAUAAUAGAGCAUGUAUUAAAAACAUCGUCUGGUUAUAUAUCAUUUUUACUGACAAAACAUAGUUGA